CACAAGCGCAGCACCGCACCACCACGCCGCCGCCUCGUCCACCCACACUCAGUAGCCUCGCACCUUCUCCUUGAGACAAGCCCUUUCACCGCACGCGCGUCUGCUUCGUCGCCUCUGCGCUCCCCUCGCAGCCAUGCCGCCGCACCGCGUCGCCAUCAUCGGCGGCGGGCCCAGUGCGCUCGUUACGCUCAAGACGCUCCUCGAGCUGCAGGACCGCAAGGGCGGCGCGUUCGAUGUGGACGCCACGCUGUUUGAAGGGGAGGAGCAGAUCGGCGGGACGUUCCGCUACCGCUCAUACGCAAACGGCAGCCUCGUGAGCUCCAAGCAGCUCACAUGCUUCAGCGACUUUCGCAUGCCGCUCGACUCUUCCGACCACAUGACGCUCCCCGCCUACGUGCAAUACCUCGAGGACUACGUGGCGCACUUCCGCCUGCGCCAGCGCGCCACGUUUCGCAUGUCGACGCGCGUGCGCCGCGUGCGGCGAGCCGACGGCGGAGGACACAUCGUGCGCUGGCGGCAACGCAGUGGAGAGGAGGACGAGGCGCACUUCGACUACGUCGCCGUCUGUGCUGGCCUGCAUGUCGAGCCGGCGUUCCCGAGCAUUCCGGGACUCGCAGAUCCGCAACUGCCGAGCAAGUGGUGGGAUGAGAAGAAGGAGGAGAGGAAGGAGAAGCAGAAGCUCAGCGACGCACAGCGGCGCAUCCAGACGCUGCAUUCGAGCGCAUACAAGGACCCGGAGUUCCUGAAGGACAAAUCAGUCCUAGUAUGCGGGACAGGCGAAACGGGCAUGGACUUGGCUUACGCCGCGGUCAAGGCGCCGGCCAAGAGCAUCGUGCUGUCAACGAGAGAUGGCUUCCUCUCCUUUCCGCACGUGCUGCAGUCCUUCUCGCUGUUUGGAGUGACGUAUGACAAGGACACGCCUAUCGACGGUCUUAUCACCAACCUCUUCGAGACAACGCACCGGAGUCGUCUCGUCGAGGCUAGCCGUCUACGCUGGCACGUCAGCGACUUUGGCGUGAAGCUGGUGCUCAAGUUCCUCACGGGCACCAGCGCGGGCUGCAAUCAGUGGUGCGGCGAGCUGCCCGAGCACAAACAGGGCAGGGCAUACGUGUUUCUCAACAAGAGUGCGAAGGCAAUGCCCUACCUGAACCGCGAGUGGAAGAAUCGCUCUUGGCUCAUGGAACGGAUAGCCAAGUACAUCGACCCGCCCUCGGUGCGCGAUGACGAGCCUGGCAUCUCCUUGGCGCCGUUCCCCGAGUACGUCGAUGAAGAUGGUCGAGUCGUCUUCCGCGAGAACGGACGAAAGGAGGCGGCGCGUAUGCGCAACCGCAUCGUCAAGCCCGACAUCGUGCUCUUCGCCACUGGCUACCGCCACAGCUUCCCGUGGCUAGACUCGUCGUACGCUACGCCUCUCGACGAGGACUCUAACCUCUGCCGUGGUCUUUUCGCCUACGACGAUCCCACUCUGACAUUCUCCGGCUUCGUGCGUCCCGGCGUCGGUGCCAUCCCUCCGCAAGCCGAGAUGGAAGCGCGUCUCUGGUGUUCCGUCAUCUGCGGCGAGGUGCCCGCUCCGACCUCGGAGGCAUACUACAAGCUGCUGCAGCCCAAGGGCGCGCGCAUCACGCACGGCGUCGACUAUUCCUCCUACGUCUCGCAGCUCGCUCGGGACGUCGGCAGUCAACCUGGGCUGCUCGAUCUCUGGCGCACGCAUGGCUUCGACAUUCUCCUCAUCUACUGCUUUGCCGCGGCGUUCCCGACGCUCUACAGCCUCACCGGCCCGUGGGCCAGCGCGCAGGCGCCGCACAUCACGCGCACCGAGAUCCGCGAGACGAUUGCGCGGCGCGGCGUGGGCGGCAAUGUGCUCAUGGGCGUGAUCCCGAUGGUCUUCUAUGGCUUUGUCAACCUCGCGGCGCUCCUCCUUGAGCAGCUGCUCAACGUUGCGCAGGCACUCAUGCCCAAGACGUGCCAGGCGGCCGCGCGCCAGCUGGGCUGGACGCAGCACAAGAAGAUGGCCUGAGCCGCCUGUCUCUGUCACACCUCUCUCUUCCACCCAUGUACCAUUACGGCGCUGUGCUGCAUGCAUGCUUGAUCUGUC